AUGCUCUAUGUACCUGAACAACAGGUUGAUGAAAAUGGGUUGAUUCAGCAUAAACAUGGUGUGGUAAGAGGACCAUGCAAUGCUGCCUGUGAUAACCAGACGACUAUAAAGAGCGUGUCGGGGUUGAAUGCUGUCAUAGCCGCCAUGGUUACCUGGACAUACAUUGAUGUAUCCGAACCUUUCCUCAUCCUAACAACCGUUAAUAGUAUGGCAGAAGAUGAUCUUGACAUGAUAUUGCUGUUGGCGGAAGUCGACUUUCAUCUCAACAUCUCGGUUCUGCUGCCAAACAAUAUCCCAGUUCUUCAGUGGGUCACUCCUAACACUACCGAUAGUUACGACAGCGACCAGAUUUCGAUCGAUAACUGUGGUUCAAGUACAAGUUCAACAUUUAUGUCACUAAGUAGAGAAAAAGGAGAUGCAGUUGACAUUUGUCGUACCGAGUCACCAACAGAAGUUCAUUAUCAAAUUGAUAACACUCGUCAACUUUUUCACCCAAUCGGAAAUGCUUUGGUGGAUAUCAUAUCGUCACUCACACGCCAUCUGAUGUGGCCAUCCACCUUCGUGCUUACUGACAACGACGAACAUCUGGGUAAUCUCGUCCGUGGUCUGUCUGAGUCUGGUGUGUCCGUUGUGACCGGAAUGAUGCCAGAUAUUCAAUCUCCUCGAUUUGAACAAGAAUUGCUGUCUAAGAUUGACUUUGCUAUACGGGAGUUGCCAAAUAUUACUAUAGUGUGUAGCAUAGAAUGUGUUUGGACCAUACUGAAAAAGCCAUUUUCCAUUGCGCGCUGGGAAGUCCACAGAUACGCAAUGCGCCACAUGACUCGAUGGUUAAUUGUUACUUUUGGUGAUCGCAUGGCGGCUGACCAACUCACUAACCUUGAAACCAACUUGGACAACGUUGUGGUCAUCGUACUACCGGACAGUGUAGUUCGCAAUUCUCUUUUCAAUGGGAAAGAGGUACAAACGUACAUACAGGCUGUUCUCAGCGACAUUGGGAGCAGUUAUAACGUGUCUUAUGGCGAUGAAAACAACACAACAUUUAAGUCAAUGACGAUGGAACGAAUUUUGACGUACAACAAAAUGGUGUGUCAUUGGGUAUCCAUAGAGGCGUUGAUGUGGACCCAGACAGGAAGAAAAUUCCAGACAGUUGGACACAUCCGGGAUUCGGGAAGGCUUCUCACUUCCGGUGACAUAUUUCCGAACACCAAAUUCGGAUUCAAUGGACGAAAACUUCUUGUAUCCACUAAUACUUGGUAUCCGUUUGUAUCAAAACACAACGAGACAUUUAGCGGUUUCUGUAUUGACAUGCUGGACCAUUUGGCCAUCAGUUUGAAUUUUACAUAUCGCUUGACUAUGCCAGCUGAUGGGGCUUGGGGAAUGGAGUUCGAAAACGGCAGCUUCAAUGGUUUGGUCGGUCAGAUGCAGAGAAACGAGGUUGACUUGACAGUAGCCCCAAUGUCAAUACAGACAAAUCGGGAGGCAGUGAUGGAUUUUUCGUACCCAUACUACUUCGAACCAACUAUUAUGCUCCUGAAAAAACCCGACCCUUCCGAGACAAAAUGGCGCACUCUAAUUGAUCCCUUCACAACUACUGUGCUGAUCUGCAUAGGGAUUUCUCUGCCGACAAUGUCAUUUGUCAUGUGCAUGUUGGAGUAUCUGAGUCCCUAUUACAGAGGAAUACCGGAUAGGGCUUCCAUGAGGGGCCUCCAUCACUUCUCAGACUCUUUUUGGUACUUAUAUGGAGCCCUCCUCACACAAGGAGGAGAACACAUGUCGGAUGCUGUAUCGGGGAGGACAUUGCUGAGCUUCUGGUGGCUAUUCUGCAUCGCCAUGAUGGCAACAUAUAGCGGCAAUCUGAUUGCUUUUCUUACGGUAUCGAAGGAAAGGUUGCCAUUUGAUACGAUCAGUGGCAUGAUCAAACAGGAUAUAUAUAAGUGGGGAACUAUCGGGGGAACUGCCUUCAUCGAUAUUUUCAGGGCAUCCGAGCAACACGAGUUCCAGCAGGUAUGGAACGGAAUUGUGUCGUAUAACCAGUCGGACAGAAACGUACUGAGUCCUGAUCCUGAAGUCCAUAUCUCCAAGGUACUGUCUGGAAAUUAUGUAUUCUUAGCAGACAAGACCUAUAGCGAGUUAAGGAUGAGAGGCCGCAAGGAGUGUGAUCUGGUGAUGACGAAAGAGGAAUUUCUGCCUUUUCAGUAUGCUGUGGGUCUUCCCAAUAACUCUCCAUACACAAAGCUGUUUGCUGACGCAGUACUUACCAUUCACGAAAGUGGCCUGUUAGAAAUAUGGAAGCUAAAAAAUUGGCCUAAAAGGAGCACAUGUUUCAGUUCUAUGGUUCCUGAAGCUACUAUAGUGACCUUAAUUGACAUACAGAGUGCUUUCUACCUGAUCGGAAUAGGCAUAGUGAUAGGUGGAACAGUGUUACUGUGUGAAUGUGGAUAUUCUUACUGGGAAAGACACAAAGGUAUCAAUGCAAAUAGACCUGCUGUAAUACACAAACAUACCAAACGCAUCACAUAG